AUGAGCGUUACCUACCCUUUUCAAUUCACCACUCCCGAUCAACCAACCUUCAGCGGAGACGGUACCACUACAUCCCUACCUAUUCAACUCGAGAAUGUACGCGGCCGAAUCCCCUCCGCCCAGGCAUCUCGUCUCCGAACCAUGAUGCUAGAAGCCCACAACGAUCCCAACAAGAUCAUCGCCCAUGCCUGCAGCUAUGAUGGACUCUCCUCCCGCUUGGUGGAAGAAGCAGGCUUCCCGAUGGUGUUUCUAGCAGGGUAUGCUGUGGCCAGUGCCUUUGGACUACCGGAUACUGGCUACAUUGCUAUGGAGGACCUGUGUCGGAAGAUCCAGGAAGUGGUGCGUGUGACGACCGUGCCUGUUAUGGCAGAUGGUGAUACCGGGUAUGGAGGUCCGAUGAAUGUUAAGCGGACGGUGGAGUCGUUUGCGAUUGCUGGAGCGGCUGGUGUGAUGAUUGAGGAUCAGACGUGGCCGAAGCGCUGUGGCCAUACAAAAGGUAAAUCCGUCGUCUCCCGCGGUGAAGCAUACGCACGAAUCCAAGCCGCAUGUGACGCCCGCAACGAGGGCCAUGACAUUUUUAUCCUUGCGCGAACCGAUGCCCUUAUCCAUGGCUGGGAUGAAGCAAUGACCCGGGCUAGAGAGUUCAAGCGUAUUGGCGUGGACGCUGUCUUUGUCGAGGCCCUACCAGACCGGGAGGCGAUGAAGCGAUGCGCUGAGGAGGUUGACAUUCCCAUUUUCGGGAACAUCAUCGAGGGCGGGAAGACGGAGAACCUGUCUGCGUUAGACCUUGCCCAGUUGGGUUAUUCUGCCGUUGCGUAUCCAUGGACAUUGGUUGCAGCAAAGCUGAAAAGUAUUCGGGAGACAUUGGACAAUUUGAAGAAGAGUAUGACGGUGAGUGCACCGCCGAUGAUUCUGGGAUAUUCGGAAGUUUGCGAGGGUGUUGGGUUCAACUGGUAUUGGGAUCGGGAGAUGCGAUACGAAUAUGAUCAAGAUGGACUUGUGAAUUUACGUCAGUAA